ACAGAGAAGAAAGAGGCACAAUGAAGUAGAAAUAUUACAAGGAGAGAGAGAGAAGUGAUUUCCCAUUGUGCCUUGGUGGAUUCUGUAAGCAGACAUGAAUAAUCGCUCCAUCGCCUGGUGGCUGAGACAGAUCGGCCUGCCCCAGUACACCAAGACACUAGAGAGAGAAUAUUAUGGACUGGAGGGUUUGUUAUAUGUGACGGAUGCAGAGCUGAAGGAGGCAGGGAUAGAGGAUGCAACACACAGAGAAUCCAUCCUCGGACAGCUGUCAAGACACCGGCAGAGACUGGACCCACACUCUGCUUCAUAUAUAGCAGAUGGACAGGAGAGCGGCAUGCAGGUGAAGCGCAGAGUGAGCCGAAAGUACUCCCUGGGAUCAUCUAUGGAUCUGGUGAAGCCAAAGAAGGAUCUGUUUCGUCAGAGUGUUCUGCCCCGCCUCCAGCGAGCUGAUAAGAAACACCGCCUUUCUGCUUCCUGCUCUCAGCUCCGGCCCCUGAACGAGGACAAUACUAUCAGUGAGGCGGGGAGCUAUCAGGACAGCAAACACAGGAAUGCCGGGGCAGAUAGCGGUGUUUCAGCAGCACCGGGGCCCGGGGCGGGGAUGAGGAGAAAGGAGGAGAAGGAGGAGGGCUCGGGGAGAACUUGUGGGAACUCGUCCGAAAGUGCGCAGAGAGGAGGGCAAGGAGGAGAAGGAGGAGGGGGGCUGGGAGGGACUGCAGUGGAGACGGACUGA